GGGAGGGUGGGAGUGGGCAAUAAUGAUGCUUUCACCCCAUUUGCAUUACAGGCUGUGGACACCCGGGACUCUUCUGCCUUUGUACUUGCCGUUGGUUCAGAGCUGACCAAGUCUAUAGCAGAGUACUACCCCUAGCGUUAGAUCAGUCCCUAGAAAGUUAGAGCAAUGGCCUUGACACUGUUAGAGGAUUGGUGCAAGGGGAUGGACCUGGACCCCAGGAAGGCCCUGCUGAUUGUGGGGAUCCCCGUGGAGUGCACUGAGAAUGAAAUUAAAGAGACUAUCAGGGCAGGCUUACAGCCCGUGUGCCCAUACAGGGUGCUGGGAAAAAUGUUCAGAAGGCAAGACAAUGCUAAGGCGGUCAUCAUCGAAUUGGGAGAAACUGUCAAUUACGCCAAGACACCCAAUCAGAUACCAGGAAAAGGGGGUGCCUGGGAAGUGGUGGUGAAACCCCGUAACCCAGAUGAUGAAUUCAUCACUAGACUGAGCUGCUUCCUGAAGGACGAGGGCCGGAAGAUGGCAGAUGUGGUCCGUGCCCUGGGGUACGCCCCUCCCUUUGAGUACCAGGAGCCAGGCGACGCUCCCCUAGACAAAUCCAGAGGUUUUCAGCCUCAGAAAGAAAGCAUGUGGUACCGGAAAAUCAAAAUGUUCUCAGGAAAUGUCUUUGCAGGCCCGGGCGAAGAAAACUUUGAAGUCUGGCUGGAGCAGGUCACUGAGGUGAUGCAGGUCUGGCAAGUGUGCGAGGCAGAGAAGAUACGGAGGCUGCUGGAGAGCCUCCGUGGCCCCGCCCUGUCCAUCAUGCGGGUGCUCCGGGCCAACAAUGACUCUAUGACCGCAGAGCAAUGCCUGGACACCCUGAAGCAGAUCUUUGGCAGCAAAGAGGACUCCAGAACCUCGCAGUUCAAGUUCCUCCAGACCGUUCAGAAGAUCGGAGAGAAAAUCUCGGUGUUUUUGGUGCGCCUGGAGCCGCUGCUGCAAAAAGCCUUGCAGCACAACCCCGCGUCAGCGCGGAGCACAGAUAUGAUUCGCCUGAAACACGUCCUGUCUCGUACCAACCUGAGCGGCACCCUCCGCGGCAAGCUCGAGCUCCUGGAUCAGAGAGGGUGUCCUCCCACUUUCCUAGAGUUAAUGAAGCUCGUUCGAGAUGAAGAGGAGUGGGAAGUCACCAUGGCCGUGCUGAAGCAGAAGCAAAAGCUGGCGGGAAGGAGCCGCAGUCCUUCCAGCAGACAGGCGCUGGAGGAAGUCACUCAGUCCGCACCUCAGGCCCCCCAGCAGGCAGUGCAGUAUUGCGAUAGCAGCACUCAGACCACCCAGGAAGUGAUUAGCAAUGUGUCAUUUAGGCGCAGGAAAGUGCCCCGCCUCAAUAGCGAAGAGGACACAUGCAUUAAGGACGAACCGUCAUCACCAGAAAGGGAGAGGCCUCAGCUUGAAGAAGAGUCGGGAAACGAGAUGGGGGCUGGGGGCGUGAGCCACCCCGAGCCCUAGGCAGCAUAGGCUCAGAGAAUCCAGGCACCUUUUCCCCUAGCGGGCAGCAGGGAAAUGUUAACAAGGGGAAGGGGCAUUUCGUGCAAACAGAGUAUUUGAAUGGGGCAGAGGGGCAGGGCAGUCAGGCACAAACCAAGCCCCCUCAUUCUCCAGCAGCUGAAUGUGACCCCACCCAUGAGGCCAACCUCCCCUCAAGGAAAGGCAAGCAUAGAUUCCCGAAUAGUUACCAGCGAUACAAGCAAGCGGCCACCUCACCCAGCACAUGGGGUGUUCAAGCCGUGAGCAGGGGCCCCACCAUGGCAGAGGCUGAAGGAGUUACAGCUGAGCACUCAGGCAUGGGCCCGGUCAUUUGGCCUCCCCCAAAUGCCCACCCGCUGAACUCAGAGCUAAGAAUGCCCACAGGCCCAUGGGCCCCACCAAGCCCAGAAGAACCUUCCCCGGGGCCACCCCUGCCAGAAGCAGCCAGCACCGGUGCUGAGGAAGAGCCGUGUGGUGGGAAUGGGGUGGUGACCCCCCGGAAGGGAGGCCGCAGAGUCCAGCCCGUCUUCAGGAUUAUCUACACUGCUCUGGGGAAGCCCCACGAAGGCACCACCCUGGAGCCCCUGCGCAAGUGAGACCAGGACAGCCCGGCCCCAGCCUGCAGGCAUUUCCUCCCUCUGCAGCCUGGAAAGGCUAUGGGGGGCAGGAGGGCAGAGACUGAGAGGAGAGCCCUGGGAGACAGCCUGGGCUCAGCCUGCAGGGGGAUGGGGACUUGGACUAGGACCACAGCUGGUUGGGGUGGGAGGGGAGAGGAGGGGGAUUUGUUCU